CAAGAACUUGAAAGGACGCCCCGGUGCUUUACACGUAGUAGCCGGAGCUUUCCGGCAGCUUUUCUGUCACUCGCGUUUCCUGAAACCUGCUUGGCUAUGGAGAAAGAAGUCUGAAUCUUUAGAACUCAUCACCAAGCAGUGCAGCUCAGCUACAGCAGAGCGAGCAAGCUUCCCGAGGGCCUCGCUGCGCUCCCGAGCUCAGCGGUGCAGUGAUGGGCUGCUCGGCGAGUAUUGCAAGGAAUGGGGCAACUGAUGUCGUCAAACUACAGGAGGAUGUGGAGCCCUCGGGCUACUCGAUCGCUAUGAGCACGGCGCCCAGCCGCUUCUCGCUCACCAUAUCCCGCACCUGUACCGAGGGCCCCAUCAAUGCCAGCAACUCACAACACCCGGCUUCGCGGAAAGCCGCCACCACCACCGGCAUCGCCACCGGAGCCGCUGCAGCCGCCGGCAGCGGUGUGGCAUCUGGGUCGGGGCCGGCGGCGGCGCUGGCCUCGCCUGCGGCCUGGUCUGUGGCCGGGUCGUCCGCACCUGGAUCGCCGCAGUCGCAGACGCCCACACCCGGCUCCUCGCCUGUGUCACCGCUCGACAUGAGCGGCCUGGGCCCAGCGGGUGCCGCUUAUGCCGGCAGCAGGUGCGGCCUGCACCACGCCGCCCGGAGCGCAGCUGCCAACCACCCAAAGAGGCCGCAGCUGGAGCCGGAGCCGGGGCCGGCGCAGGUGCCGCAGCAGCCCCUCAUGGCGUUGCCAGGACUACCGCUUGCAAAGGCGCACGGGUUAGAGGAAGCGGCAAGCGCGCAGUCGCCCAGCCCCUUCGCGGCAUCGUCCGUGGCGGCUGCCUCCGCUGGCAGCAACGGCUCAAACCUCAGCAGCCGCGGCCGCGCGCCGGCGCCGGCAACACCGCCCACGUCAUCCGCAGCAGCAGGAGUUUUGACAGCUGCCUGUGCCGGUGGCAUCAGCCGCUUGGACAGCAACAGCAGCAGCGUCGGCGGCUCUCCGGCCCGCCAUCCCAGCGUGCCGCACCCUGUCGGUGGCUUCUUCGACAGCAGGCCCAGUAGCCCCGCGCCCAUGUCGCAGCACGCCGCCGGCUCACACUCUGCCUCCGUCAUUGCUGCGUCAUCGGGUGACGUGCAAGCAGCGGAAUCCGCCGGCGGCGCGGCGCCCGGCGCCGCCGCUGGUGCGCUGUCGGCGGCGGCGGCGCCGCGGCCGGCGUGGGCCCGCAAGCUGCUUGGCGAGCAGGUGUCAGGUGGCAUUGCCACUCUGUCCUCGCCGCUGUUCUCGGAAGCAGUGCAAGGCCGCGAGGCGCUGUCGCGUCAGAGCUCCGGACUGCCCGCUGGCGGCGUGCUGCUGCCGCCCAUACUCGGCGCGCCGCCGCCGCUACCGUCCGCCGCCGGCGGCGUGCUCUUGGGUCCCGCCGGUAGCAGCCGCCUGCUGCGCGUGCUGCCUGCCCUCGGCGCCACCUCGACCUCGGGCGUGCCGCCUGUGGCAGCUGCGGCCGGCGCACCGGGGCUGGCGGCGCCGUCGUCGCCUGUGCAUGGCAAAUCGGUCCUUGGGCCGGCGCCAGCGCUGCAGCAGACACUGCCGCACCCUGCCACGGUCGUGACAUCCGGGGCCGGGCGCAGCGCCACAGCCGCUGCCAGCAGCAGCACCACUUCUGCGCUGGUGCCGGUUCCCACAUCGGCGGCGGCUGCGCUGCAGGCCUCGGGUCAGAACACGCCUAGCCCAUCCAACACGCCACCCGCCGCCACCAUCUACACAACGGCGGCUGUCCCACACGCCACCACCACAACCGAGUCGGCAUCGACGGCCGCGUCGCCGCCCCACCCGUCCGCAGCACCUGCACCUGCACCUGCCCUGAUGCCGCGUGUCAGCGCACCACCGGUGCUGUUGCCGACGGGCACGGGGGCGGGUGCACCUGCAGCGGCAGCACCACCGUCCCUUGCAGCCGCUGCGGCGGCGCUGUGCUCGAGCCCCGGCGGCCGCGGUGGCGGCGUGGCGCCGUCUCCGGCAUCGCUGACGGCGGGCAGCCGCGGGAGCCGCACGGCCGGCCUCUCGGCGGUGCGCGGCGGGCUGGUGACUCUGGCCUACGUCGAGUACUUUUUACAGACGCACGUUCUGGCGCGCGGUCCCGGCAGCGGCCUCAUGACCACGCGGCAGGUGGUGGAGCACAUCAUCGCGCCCGCCUGCGCUGCAGCCGGCUGCCGCUUCCCGGACGCCCCGGCCCCGGCCGUCCCGUCGCCCUCAGGCGCUGGCCAUGGCAGCGCGGGCCAAGAGCACGCACUGGGCGCCCCGCCGCGCGCCGCCACCUCGCCCAGCGCCUUCCCGGGCGGCAGCUGCAGCGCCCCCAACACGCCGUCUGACAGCAACAGCACCAGCGGCGCCGCUGACGCGGCCGCUGGCGGCUCUCGGCCGGUGGGCGGGCCCUUGCUGCACCUGCGCGACUGGGCCGCGUGCAGCCUGCCCGGCGGCGGCGCGGCGGCGGGCUCAGCUGCUGCUGCUGCGGCGGCUCCCAGCGGGCGCUACUGCUACGUGGUGCACGCUGCGGACUGCUGCUUCGCGGAUGUGGUGGGGCUGCUGCGGAGCCACCUGGCGGGCGUGCCGCCCGAAGAGGCGGUGCUCUGGUUCGACAUCUUUGCCCUGCCCCAGGAGCCGGAGCCCUCCGCCUCCUCCUCCUCGCCCUCUGGCCACCUGGCCCACCACAACGCCGGCUUUACGCCCGUCACCACCAGCGCCGCCUCCUUCUCCUCCUCCCUGCCCGCCGGCCGCGCCGCACGGGUCGACGCGGCGCGCGCCGCCAUCGCGCACGCCGGCAGCGUGCUGCUGUGCCUGCUGCCUCCCAGCGCCGGCUGCCCCGCCUACGCCACCCGCACCACCAGCGCGCGGCACCUGCAGCUGCAGGCGCGGCUGGCGCCGGCGCUGGCGCUGCCGAGCGGCAAUGAGGACGCUGCGGCCACGGCUGCCGGCGUCGAGGCGGGCGGGCUGCCGCUGCCGCUGCGCAGGACGUGGUGCCUGUGGGAGCUGUCCACGGCGCUGCGGCUGCGCGGCCCCAGCGCCCUCGUGGUGCUGGAGGGCGCCGGCUGCGGCGACGGCGUGGCGGCGCCGGCGCCCGAGGACGGCGGCGCGACCUCCAGCACCGCCGCCUUCCCGGUGCCGCGCGCCAUGUGCGGCGGCGGGCUGUGGCUGGUGGCGGGCGUGUGCCGCGCGCGCUCCCUCAGCCUGACCCGCUCCCAGCUGGGCGGCGCGCUGGUGCCCACGCCGCAGCACGCGGCCGACCGCGCCGCACUCAUCGCGGACAUGGUCGCCAGCACCGUCCCGGGGGCGGCGGCACCCGCUGCAGCAGCAGGAGCAGCAGGAGGCGCAGGCGGCCACGUGUCCAGCUGCGCGGACAUGGGCGGCUGCGCCGCCGCCGACGUGGAGGCGGUGGAGGCGGCGCUCCGGCUGUUUUUCGCGCUGGCGCCCACCGGGUACGGCGAGGAGCUGGCGGAGCUGGCGCUGCGGGCGGCGCCGGAGCAGGCGCCGGCGGCGCGCGGCGCGCCUGCACUUCCCGGCACUGGCCCUGGCGGCAGCUCCGCCGCUGCCAUUGCUUGCGCGGCCGGCGCCGGCAGCAAGAGUUGCUGGCAGUUCGAUGCACUGUGGGCGGCGCUGAGUGACGAGGCCGGCCCGCGCUGCGUGGUGGUGGCGGCGCCGCCGGGCGCAGGCAAGUCCACCUUUGCCGCCGCGCUGGCCUGCCCGCCGCCCACGCCGCCAGCCGCGCCUCAGCCGCCGGCGUGGCGCUCCGUGGCGGCGCUGCACCUGUGCCACGCCGCCGACCAGCGCCGCCAGGACGCGCUGCGGGUGGUGCGCUCGCUGGCGUUCCAGCUGGCGGCGCGCUUCCCGGCCUGCCGCGCGGCGCUGGCGGCUGAGAUGAGGUCUGCGUCGUCGUCUGUGUCGGUGCUGUUGAGCACGCAGCUGCCCAGCACCACGCAGCUAGAGGACGCAGUAGAGGCGCUGCUGGUCAAGCCGCUGGCGGCGCUGGCGGCGGCGGCGCCUGCGGCGCACCCGCCGCUGCCGCUGAUCCUGCUCAUUGACGGAGUCGAUGAGCGCGGCCCACCAACAGGCGCGGGGUCGAAGCCGCUGGUGCAGCCUCAGCCACCACCGGCAUCGCCGUCUGGCUCCGAGCUGUGCAGCCCGCGCCCGCCAUCCACACCGCCAAGGGCGGGCGGCGGCGGCGGCAGGCCGUGCCCGAGCCGCUCGCCGUCAAGUGCCGCCGCCGCCGCGACGGCCGGAGCCGCCGGCACGGUCCCCUCGUCGCCGUCGGGCAACGUGGCCGCAGCGGCAGUAGCUGUGGGCGGUGCGGCCACCCGCGGCCCCUUCCCACUAGCGCCUCUGGUGGCAGUUCUGCUGCGCCGCUUGCCGCCGUACGUGCGGCUGCUGCUUACCGCAGCGCAGCCGCCCAGGUGCGAUGCCGGCAGCAGCGCCAGCAACGUCACGGCGGCUGCCGGUCUGGACCCGGCCCCUGCCCCCGACGGCGUUGCCUCGGCCGACUCGGUCGCGGAGUGGCUGCAGGCGACCAACCUUGCGGCCGGCCCCACAGCUGCUGCUAGUGACGGCCGCCGCGCCGCCGCCGCCGGCUCUGACACGGCUCUUGCGGCGCGGGCGGACUGCCGUGUGCUGCCGCUGUCGACACUGCGUGACGACUUCGCCCUUGCGGCGUCGCUGCACCAGCAGUUGCUGCUGCGCGCAGGGCCGGAGGGCGCUCUGCCAUUGACGGCGGCGCUGCUGGUGCGCGGCGGCCCUCGCCUCUCCUUCUACGUCACAUGCCUGCGGCUGCACGCGCUGCCCACCCUCGCGGCCACGCCCGAGAAGCUCCCACUCACAAUGGAUGCCGCUUGGGAGAUGCUCUUCGAGCAGGACUGGCGGGCGGGCGGCGGCGGCGCGGUGGGGCUUGCGGAGUCUGAGAAGACGGCGGCGCGGCGGCUGCUGGCGGUGCUGGCGGCGGCGCAGGAGCCGCUGCCGGUGGCGCUGUUGUCGGCGCUGGGGCUGGCGGCGGCGCUGUCACUGCUGCCGGGCUGGGGCACAGGGCUGUUCGUGGAGGACCUGCCGCAGCGGCGUGUGCGGGUCGCGAGCGGCCCGCUGGCGGCGUGGCUGCGCGGCGGCGCCGCCACGUACGGCGCUGACGUGGCGGCGGGACACGCCAUCCUGGCGGCGCAGCUGUACGACAUGUGCGGUCGGGCGGCGUGCACGACAGCUGCUGAGGGGCCCGGCGGAGCAGGAGCCGGCACGGCACCGGCGGCUGCGCUGCCUGGUGCCAUUGCGGCCUAUGCCGCGCGCCACCUGCACACGCACCUGGCGGCAGCCAUUGCGCUGGCGCCCGCGUCACCGCAGCUGCAGCAGCUGCAGCAGAAGCUGCAGCUGCUGGAGCAGCAGCCACCAUUGCGGGCGAGCACCAGCGAUCGUUUGCGCCUGACGCUGCCCGCCGACGGGGGCUCAGCAGCCGCGCUGCGUGCAGCGCCUGCCACAGCCUCCACGCCCGCGCCGGGGGCCGCGGGACCUGUGGCGGCGCUGAAGCAGCAGGCGGGUACGGCGCAGCAGCAGCCGCUGCCGUCCCUGUCGCAGCUGGAUGCCUGGGCCGCGCACUUAGGCAUGCCGGCGGAAACGCCACGCACCAGCCUUGCGGGAAGCGCGAGGAAGCAGCCGCCGCCGGAGCCGCCGCGCGGACCGCCGGCGCCCAUCGCGGUGUAAGGCUGGGCAUCUGGGCAUAGUAAGCACGUGCGUGCGGCGCGCGCACUUGAGGUGUUUGGCCGAGGUGACUGAGGUGGCCGUACAAGAGACGGGCAGCAUUCAUGACUCUACUAACGCAGGGGCAUUCUUCCACAGCUCUUAUGCAGGCUCCCGGGACGGUGUGUGUAAUAGAUGCACAUCCGUUCAGGCACAUGCAAGAGAAAGGCAGACCGCCUGUGCUGCUGUAACACGCGUCUGUGCUGGGUUGGGCAUUCUUACUUCUUCCCCCUGGGGUUUAACUGUGAGAGCAGACAGUGAGAUGGGCGUGGAGAGUACAGCAUGCCACCUGGAGUGGAUUACCGCUAAUUCUGACGUUCAUCGCUAUUGAUGCGCCGGUUUGUUUAUUUCAUGUACGGUACGUUACUUGAGCUCUGCCCCGACUUUUGCGUUGCCCAGGGCCGCCUGGCGCCUGUUGCGACUGUCGGGGUCAGCAGGACGGUGGUGGAAUCACAACAUCUAGAGUUUUGGUGUGCCACGUCUUGUGUUGCGCGUGUCCUUACGGCGUAGAACUUGCUACGUGCUUAACCAGGAGACGUGUAGUCGCACUUCACCGAGCUGUAGUACCGCAGCCUAGCAAAGAUUGGGCCCAGAUAGGGUGCCUAGCUUACACUGCUCUGCCACAAGUACAUUGAAUGACCAUCAGCAAGCUUAUGCGCUGGAGUUGUAAGGUGUGGGAGAGACAAAGAAGUAGGUGCGGACGUGUGUGUACCUGGCGACGAAACGGCGUCAGUUUCGUAGCCGCAAGCCGCAGACACGGUGGCCACGCAUCCGAAUGGGCGUCGCGAUUAGUAGUGCUUUACCGUACUCGCUGUGGGUGUGGCUAGAGGUCGGGCCAAGCAUGCGUGGAGGUAAGAAUGCGGCCGUCAGCUACGGGUUUGAGAGACACCGGCACCGUCCGGCGGGAAUUGCUUUUUCUUGCGAGGGAGGGAGCCGGCCGCCAGCUGCGGCGAGUGCGGCAGGAGUGGCCUCCGAGGGUCAAGGAAGGUGCGGCAACUGAGUCAUGCAGGGCCCAACUCGCUUUGGUUGUGACGCUCUGAUUGCACGUUGAGGUUGUGAUGUUGUCCGGCUAAGCGGUUGCAACUGCAUAAAUGAAUUGUUCUGAGCUUGAGGAUUGCAGACGUUGUGUGUGCAUGGCUGGAGGCGCAUGUGCAUGCAAGCACCUAGACGGGUGGUGCUUGCCUGGUGCCAAACCGGGGCAUUGUAGAGCCUAAAGUUACGGCGGUUUUGAGCACGUUCACAAGACACUGCCUUCAAGUCCCAAGGCCAGACGUACCUUUACAAACAUGCUGCAUUAACAUGCAGGCGGUCAGGGCUGCGGGGUCGUGGACACGUGGACCGAUGGCCGUUGUUUGUAACUUACCGGUAGGUCUGUCAUGUGUGCGGCAGGCCUUGGGACAAUGAACGAACACGAUGACGUGGAAAUGGUGUUGACAAAGAUUUAUACGCGUGCGCAUAGCACGACGGAGAGCUCAUUGUGGCGGCCGCUGUGUCUCCCAAGUUUUGGCAUCAGUUGGGGCUCCCGGGUUGUAUCGCAGAGUAUUGGUGCGGCAACAAGAUCUCUGGUUGCUUGUUGGACCUCAUUCGUGGAUCAGGGCACGUGCCAACACACCACGGAGCUCUGUAUAUUAAGGGGGGGCUGCGCACGCCGCCGUGUUGGGGCGAGCAACCUCAGAUGCGCCUCGAUGCAUACAUGCAUAGCCACUUUACGCACCGCGUAUCGCUCAGGAUCGCGAAGGCUAGGAUGUGCAUUGUGUUGUGCUCUGCAUAGGGCUGGCUUCCCGCCUGUAACCUUGCCUGUAACUGAUGCCGUAG